AUGCGUCGAGAAAUCUCCGCUCUGCUUCAGCCACGAUCCCUCCUCAUCUUCCUCGUUCUCGCCCUUUUCCUCAUUUUCGUCUUCUCUUCCACCCAUAAAAGAUCCUGUGAAGUCUUGGUGGGCUGCAAAACUUUUCUGAAUAGACGGGAGGAAGAGAAACUAGAAGAGGUGCCUGAAAUUACCCACAGAGUAUACCUGGAUGUUGAUAUUGACGGACAGCACUUAGGUAGAAUUGUGAUUGGAUUAUAUGGUCAGGUUGUACCAAAAACUGUUGAAAAUUUUAGGGCAUUGUGCACAGGGGAAAAAGGCAAAGGUGCUAAGGGAAAACCGCUCCACUAUAAGGGAACACCAUUUCAUCGUAUCGUAUCUGGGUUCAUGAUUCAAGGUGGAGAUAUUGUUUAUCGUGAUGGGAGGGGAUAUGAAUCUAUAUAUGGUGGCACAUUUGCUGAUGAGAAUUUCAGAGUGAAACAUUCACACGCAGGUGUUGUUUCUAUGGUGAAUUCAGGACCUGAUUCCAAUGGCUCACAGUUCUUUAUCACCACAAUCAAAGCUAGUUGGUUGGAUGGGGAGCAUGUUGUCUUUGGCAAGGUAAUUCAAGGCAUGGACACUGUGUAUGCAAUUGAAGGCGGGGCUGGAACCUACAGCGGAAAACCCAGAAAGAAGGUUACUAUUGCUGAAUCUGGAGAGAUACCCCAGAGCCAGUGGGAUGAGGAAAGUUGA